AUGAACCUCGAGCUGUACAGAAAAGCCCUUAACUUCAAUGUUAUAGGUCGGUACGAUCCUAAGAUUAAGCAACUUUUAUUUCAUACUCCACAUGCUUCAGUAUACAAAUGGGACUUUGUCAAAGAUGAGUGGAUGCGACUAGAAUAUCAGGGAGUGUUAGCUAUUUACCUGCGUGAUAUAUCUAGUAAUGGUGGGCUAUUGCCUGAAGGCGAGGGAAACAAAGAAUCUAUACUGGCAAUGCAGGGACAGUCCGUCGGAUCAGAGAGUGGUAUGGAAGAACUAAGAGGCUCAGAUAUUUACAACUAUGGGCUAAUCAUUCUCAAUAGAAUGAACCCGGAGAACUUUUCAAUUGCGAUAGCACCAAACAGCUCUGUUAACAAGCGCAAAAUAUUUGAACCCAACGAAGAUGCUAAACAACCUUUAGAAUGUAUGGCUGUGGAAGUCAAAGAUGAUUUGGUUAUCGUAAAAAACCUUCGGCAUGAGGUUUACGGGAUCUGGAUCCAUACAAUUCCCGAUAGAAAUAAUCUAUAUGAGCUUAUUAAAUACUUACUAGAAAGUGAGCCAAAAAAUUCGUUUACUUAA